AUGGCCAACUUUGUGGCUCCAGAAAUCAAAAAAUUUGCGCCUUGGGACUAUGUUGUUUUUGCAGGACUGUUUUUAGUCUCCGCCAGCAUCGGAGUCUUUUUUGCAAUUAAAGAGAGGAAAAAGAAGAGUUCCAAGGACUUUUUGGUGGGUGGCAGGCAGAUGACGUGCGGCCCCAUAGCUUUCUCUCUCACCUCCAGCUUCAUGUCGGCGGUCACUGUUCUGGGGACACCAUCAGAGGUAUAUCGCUAUGGGGCAUCCUUCAUCCUCUUCUUCCUCUCAUACACGCUUGUCAUCGUCUUCACUGCUGAACUUUUUGUCCCGGUAUUUUACAGAUCCGGCAUUACAAGUACUUAUGAGUAUUUGGAGUUACGAUUUAACAAAGUGGUCCGUUUUGCUGCAACGCUGAUCUACAUCCUGCAGACGAUCCUUUACACUGGAAUAGUGGUUUAUGCGCCAUCACUGGCUCUCAACCAAGUAACUGGAUUUGAUCUCUGGGGCUCUGUAGCUGCCACAGGACUUGUCUGCACUUUCUAUUGCACAUUGGGAGGAUUAAAAGCUGUGGUCUGGACUGAUGCCUUUCAAAUGAUGGUCAUGGUGGCCGGCUUCGCGACGGUUCUCAUCCGCGGCUCCAUCCUCAACGGCGGCCCCAGCAGCAUCUGGCAACACGCCUCCGAGGGAUCCCGCCUCAACAUAUUUGACUUCGACGUGGAUCCUCUAAGACGACACACCCUUUGGACCAUCGCCAUCGGGGGGACUUUCACGUGGCUCGGGAUCUACGGCGUCAAUCAGUCCACCAUACAGAGAUGCAUUUCCUGUAAAUCAGAAAGGCAAGCGAAACUAGCGCUUUACCUCAACUUAGUGGGACUUUGGAUAGUGCUGGUGUGCGCAGUAUUUUCUGGCUUGGUGAUGUACUCACACUACAGGGACUGCGACCCUUGGACUGCCGAUUUCAUUUCAGCACCUGAUCAGCUAAUGCCAUAUUUCGUCAUGGACAUUUUUGCCUCAAUGCCGGGAGUCCCAGGACUGUUUGUUGCCUGCGCAUUCAGUGGAACAUUAAGCACAGUGGCUGCAAGCAUUAACGCUCUGGCAACCGUUACCUUUGAAGACUUUGUCAAGAAAGUUUUCCCAGACCUUUCUGAGAAGACGGGCACGUGGGUCAGCAAAGGCUUAUGUGUGCUCUUCGGCGCGCUCUGCACAGCCAUGGCGGCGGCCUCCCUCACCAUCCACGGGAUGUGCGGGGGGCCCAUGCUGGGGCUCUUCUCCCUAGGCAUCCUCUUCCCCUGCGCCAACUGGAAGGGUGCCACCGGCGGCCUCGUAGCCGGCAUCGCGCUCGCGCCGCUGCUGGCGGACACCUGGUACUCCCUGUCCUACCUGUACUUCAGCGCCGUGGGCUGCCUGGGCUGCGCUGCCGCCGGGCUGCUCCUCAGCAUCGUCACAGGCCCCCAGAGAGAAGAGGACAUCCCACCGGUGCUGCUGAAGCCGCUGUGCUGCUGGCGUGGCGUGCGACACAGGAGCAGGCGCGUGGACUUGGACAACAACAUACCUCAAGUCACUGCGAAGAAACCUAGAAGAGAAGAUUCUUUGCAGAGCAAAGCCGAGAACAAAACUGAAAGGCACCCACCUGGCUACAAUCCUGAGGAAAAAUCCUACACCAACAUGGGCAUGGAAUCUCGCCUGUAG